GGAUAACAGUGUAGAGUUAAAGCUUUGCUGGCUGGCUCAACCAGUACAAUGAACUUCUCUCGAUAGCUCUUAUACGAUAGAGAAUAAAACCGACUCUAUUUUUCUCAAAAAAAAAAAAUACAAUUGAAUAGAUUUUUAAUUUGAGUGAGUGAUAUUAUUUGGUGGGAAAAAACUAAUUGUGGCUUAAUUUGGGACACCAGUUUUGAGAGAUUAAAAUGGCCUGCAAUAAACACAGCCUACCUAAACCUAAUACAAAAUGGGAGCUACGCAAUCUCAUAGUCAGCUAUCAGGACUAAUAACUAGGUCAAUUUCUAAAUCUCCCUCUGUUGAAAACUCAAAAAUGUGUGAUAAUAAUUUUGAUACGAAUCAAAAGGAUGUGGUGGCGUCUUUGAAUGAUGGAGAAGACUCGGCUACAGAAAGUUUACCUACUACAGAGGAGCUUAAUGAGGAACCACAUGAUAGAUCAGAUGGUUCCGACUCGGGAUUGGGUUCAGAAAUCGCUGAAGAACGCACUGAUAUACAGACUAAUGGAGGAAGUGAUAAUGAAACUCUAUUUAUUGAUCGUAUAAAUGAAGCUUCUUCAAGUACAACCACCGAUAACACACAAGAACCCAGUCCUGAUUUCCCAGUUCUCCUAAGUACACUAAUUUCCAAUUUAACAAAAAAGCCUACUAAAAGUAGCCUCAAAAGAAAACGACCUCUAGAAGAUGAAGAAGAGGCUACACCAGCUAAAGUGAAGAAAAAACGGAACAUCACUUUUGACAGCGUAACGGUUUUCUAUUUUCCUAGGACCCAAGGUUUCACUUGCGUACCGUCUCAAGGUGGUUCUACUUUGGGAAUGACUGCUCAACACUCGCAAGUCCGGAAGUUUUCCAUUGUGGAACAUGCCAUUGAACAACGUAGAAUACAUCGACAACUUUUGCAACAAAUAAAAAUUGAGCGAAAUGUUACCAACGGAACAGUAGCAUCAUCCAGUGACGAUAGCGAAAGCGAAGAAGAAAUAAGUGAUGCUUCAGAGUCCGAAAUGGAUUUGGACAACUACUAUUUCCUACAACCAGUUCCGACAAGGCAGAGACGCGCCCUGUUACGAUCCGCAGGAGUCAGAAAAAUCGACGCAUUAGAAAAAGAUGAAUGCCGAGACAUCAGGUUGUCCAGAGAAUUUUGUGGCUGCGGCUGCAAGGGCUACUGCGAUCCGGAUACGUGUUCCUGUGGUCAGGCCGGUAUCAAAUGCCAAGUUGACAGGUUGAACUUUCCAUGUGGCUGUACUAGGGAUAAUUGUGGCAAUUCUUCAGGCAGAAUAGAGUUUAAUCCCGUCAGGGUGCGGACCCAUUUUAUUCAUACUUUAAUGAGGUUGGAAUUGGAGAAGAAACAAGAGGAUAUGCAGGAAAAGAAUAAAGACCUGGCCUGGAUGAAUAACGAACGCUUGGUACAAAACCAAUGUAAAAUAGAUGUAAAUAAAUGUACCGGUAGUUUAUUAAGAGAUAUUACCCUUGGUGCGCACAUUGAAGUAGAAAAUUGUGUAAAUAAUGGUAGCUUCACUAAUCUACAUUAUGGAGUAGCCAGCGAUGGACCACCUACAGCGUUUGCCGAAUUACCUGCUCGCGAAGAUUCGUUGGAUCUUUACAGUUUUCGUGAAAACUGUUAUGGGGAGGAAAACGAGAGAAAACAGCAACAAUCGUUGUUUUCUUCAUCUCCAGCGAACAAUCACCAAGCGUUUACGUUCGAUCCACGUUUUCCAGAGGUGAACGCGACGUCCUCCUCUGGAUCAGGCGCAACGACACCACCCUCCGCUUCCACAUCUACAAACCUGUAUGGCGCAAACUCCACCAAUGCCACGGUGAAUCAAUAUCCACAUUUUCAUUCGGGAGGAUUCGGCGAUUUUUCAAAUGCUGCCUCCACUCCCACAGCUACAUUCAAUCCAUAUUCAGGAAUAUACGGUACUUUUCAGCAAGCCCAAACAAACAUUGUCAAUUUUGACCAAUUCACCACCACCAAUGAAAGUUACCCUUCUUCAUCAACAUCGUCACCACCACCAUCAUUGUCAUCCGGAACACUGAAAGAAAGUCAAUACACUAACCUGAACACAGUUGGGGCCAAUUCUAAGUUAGAAUCGUUUUGCGAUCAUUUACUGUUAAAUAAUCGCUACAAUUAUGCUGGUUACGAGGAAUCAAAUAGCUACGCACUACUGAGUACUGACGAGACUACUCAAGAUGGCACCGAAAAAACUACAAUUGAAACGUCUUCAGAUGGUCCCAAGGACACAGGCGAUGAGAAUUUCGGUGAAAUUAUCAAAAAGUCGAUUGUAGAAACGGUUUCUACAUAAACAUAAUAACUUUAAUAAAAAUACAUAUUUAUAUUCUAAAAUAUUAUUUAUAGUAAUUUUUUUUUAUUAUUACGUUCCAUAAUAUAUAUAUAUAUAUAUAUAUAUAUAUUGAUAAUUUAUAUUAUCCAUGAGGAAAAUGUAUAAUUAUGGUUU